UAAUUUUCCAUCUCAAGCAAUUUGUUUGCUUUGUAUAUUGAAGUUUUCUUUCUCGAUUUUCUAUUUAGCCAAACAAGAUGCAGAUCUUCGUUAAGACUCUAACCGGCAAGACGAUCACACUCGAGGUCGAGAGCUCCGACACGAUCGACAACGUGAAGGCCAAAAUCCAAGAUAAGGAAGGCAUCCCUCCAGACCAGCAGCGUCUGAUCUUCGCCGGAAAACAGCUCGAAGACGGCCGGACCUUGGCCGAUUACAACAUCCAAAAGGAGUCAACUCUCCACCUCGUCCUCCGUUUGCGCGGUGGGAUGCAAAUCUUCGUGAAAACCUUGACCGGCAAGACAAUCACUCUCGAGGUCGAGAGCUCCGACACGAUCGACAACGUUAAGGCGAAGAUCCAAGACAAGGAAGGCAUCCCCCCAGACCAGCAACGUCUCAUCUUCGCCGGAAAACAACUCGAAGACGGCCGUACCUUGGCCGACUACAACAUCCAGAAGGAGUCAACUCUCCACCUUGUCCUUCGUUUGCGCGGCGGGAUGCAAAUCUUCGUUAAGACGCUUACCGGAAAGACGAUCACUCUCGAGGUCGAGAGCUCUGACACGAUCGACAACGUGAAAGCCAAAAUCCAAGACAAGGAAGGCAUCCCGCCAGACCAGCAACGUCUCAUCUUCGCCGGAAAGCAACUCGAGGACGGGCGGACUUUAGCCGAUUACAAUAUCCAGAAGGAAUCGACUCUUCAUCUGGUUCUACGUCUUCGAGGUGGGAUGCAGAUCUUCGUCAAGACUUUGACCGGUAAGACGAUUACUUUAGAAGUGGAGAGCUCGGAUACGAUUGAUAACGUGAAAGCGAAGAUUCAGGACAAAGAAGGAAUUCCACCAGAUCAGCAAAGGUUGAUUUUUGCUGGGAAACAGCUGGAAGAUGGAAGGACUUUGGCUGAUUACAAUAUUCAAAAGGAGUCCACUCUUCACCUUGUUCUUCGUCUUCGUGGUGGGUUCUAAGCCUUAAGGUCUUCCUUAAUGUGGGUUUUCUGGUUUUACGUGAAGGAUUGUGCCCUUUGGUGGCCUUUUAAAUAAUUUCUAGUCUUUGUUUACCGGUUGCAUCUAUGUAUGGUUUCUCUUUGAAUGGAAUUUGCAUAUUUACCUA